AAAAUUCAUCAACCAAACGUCCAAAGUUCUACUCCGUGUUUAUAUACGGCGCUGAUUCUCAUUUUCCCACCACGCCGCAAUCUCUCAGUCCACUGAAUUUCUCCUCCCUCCCGCUUAGAUCUACGGAAUUCGCUCUUCCCUGGACUUCAGGUUUCCAUUAUCGUCCUCUUGUGUUUCUCCGAGAUUCGUUGAUUUCAUAACUUUGAUUUGAUUGCAUCUUCUGCGCGCGACGAAAUACGGAGAGUUAAUUGGUGGAUUAUAUUUGCCGUUUUUUAAGAAUUAUAUACGGAGGAUUGAAAGAACCAGAAUUCAUCGGCCACAGAAAUCUUGUCAUCUAGGGUUUCUGAGUGAGAGUGGGAGAAUGGAAAGCUCGGCUGCUCCGUUGAGCGCAUCUCAGGUUGGCUCGUACUUCGUGCAACAAUACUAUAAAGUGCUUCAGCAUGAACCUGAUUUUGUUCGUCACUUCUACACUGGUUCAAGCACCGUCGUUAGAGUUGAAGGGGAGUCCAGUCAGACAGCAUCUACGCAUAUGGACAUACACUCACUUAUCAUGUCAACACCUUUCUCAGGGAUUAAGGUUAAAACAAUAAAUUCGGUUGAGUCUUGGAAUGCUGGUGUUCUUGUUGUGGUUUCUGGCACAGUAAAACUUAAGGAUUUUGGUGGAUGGAGAGACUUUGUGCAGACAUUUUUCCUUGCUCCACAGGAUAAAGGGUACUUUGUUCUUAACGAUGUCUUUAAUUUUGGAGAUGAGGAGGUGAAGUACCAACCGCCGCCGCCACCCCCACCACAUGUGCCUGUUUCAGAGAACCAUUUUGAUGCUCAACCAACUGCCCAUUAUCUUCACCCUGAGACACCAGCCUCUGACUAUGCACUGGAGGAGGAGGCAAGGGAAUAUGUUAACUUGGUCAGUCUAGAAGGAAAUAAUUCUGUUGGUGAAUAUGACAAUUCCGAGUACCAGCAAGAUUUGCCAGAACAUGUCCCCGAGGUUUCUGAACCAUCGUGGGAAGAACCUCAUUUGGAACAAGAGCAAGUUGCUUGGCAAAGUAAUGCGAAAGCUGUUGAGGUUUCUGAACCAUCGUGGGAAGAACCUGUUGGAGAGAUGACAAAACUUAGCUAUGCUUCCAUAUUGCGUGCACCGAAGGUAAAAUCUCCACCUUCUAUUAGCGUGCAGCCUUCUUUCACCAAAAGCACACCUCCUUCUUCAGAAUGGGAGCCAGUUAUCCAGCAGUCAAACUCUGUCUCAACUGUUGUGCCUGAUAACAGCUAUGAACAGGCUGAUGAAGUUUUUUAUCAAGAAGGGGACUCAUUGUCAGUGUACGUUAGGAACUUACCAACUACGGUAUCAACUAAUGAUAUUGUUAAAGAGUUCCACUACUUUGGGACGAUCAAGCAAGAUGGAGUGUUCUUGAGAAACAGAAAGGAUGUAGGUGUAUGCUAUGCGUUUGUUGAGUUUGAAGACGUCCAGGGCGUUCAGAAUGCACUCAAGGCUUCUCCAAUACAAAUAGAUGGAAGACAAGUCUAUAUUGAGGAGAGGAGACAAAAUAACAGCAGCAGUAACAGCAGCAACGCUUCACGUGGAGGAAGAAGGGGUGGAAGAGGUAGAGGAGGUCAUCCUGGGGGACGUUCAUACGGAAGGGGAAGCUAUCAAGACAACGUUGAUUAUAACAGGGCGAAGAGCAAUGGCUAUCGUGCUGUGUGAUGCAGGUUAUCACUAUUCUUUGUGGUAGAGAAUGUUGUAUGAAGCCUUCUUUGAAAGAUCCCAAUAUCAGCGCUAGUACUCAUGGACUCGGGGUGUUGAAUAUCAAGCGUGAGAAGAUGUUAGAGUUUUGUUUCAUCUUUAUUCUCUUUUUUAAGUGUGCAAACAUACAAUCAACUCGUUCUUUUUGUCCUCUUUGGUUGCUUUUCUCUUUUCUUCAAUCUAAAAGGUACUACAUCUUUUGCAUUGUUUGUGGGUCUUGACUGUGUUUGUUUGAUUCUGAUGCUCUAAAAUUUUGACAUUAUUUCUUUCAUUCGAAAUUUUGCAUGGAAGCCAUUUUCCCUA